CAUCAUUGUCGUCGUCGUCGUCGUCGUCGUCGUCGUCGUCGUCGUCGUCGUCGUCGUCGUCGUCGUCGUCGUCGUCGUCGUCGUCGUCGUCGCCGUGGUCGUCGGCGUCGUCGUCGUCUUCGUUCUCACCAUCAGUGACUGCUGUCGUUAUUGCGCGACUACCGACACGACGGCUGCUGAGGAGACGGCUGUAAAGGAGUACGACAAGCGCGAGCGAACGAGCAUACUCGCGACGGACAGCAAAUCGUCGCGGCAGAGAUACCGGGAGCCGGUACUACAUCUAAACAUGGCGUUGACACGAUUGCCUUCGAUACCGUUGGCUUUGGCUUUGGCCCUGGCCUUCCUUUCGACGGCACGCCGCUGCGUCGACGCCUCGGAAAGUAUAAUAGGAAGCCGAGAGACCUGCGACAUCGAGGGCGAAGAUUUCACUGUCGACAAGAUCCCGAAUACGAGGUGCUUCAACUGCAUUUGUAAGAACGGUUUCGUGGAAUGUGUGAAGCAGCAGUGCCCGAGCAUCGAAGGCUGUUACACGUUGCUGGAUCCACCCGACAACGAGUGCUGCCACAGGUGUACAGGAUGCAUACAGGACGGCGUCUACCACGAGUCGGACACGGAAUGGACGGACAGGAAGGAUCCGUGUAUAAUAUUCACCUGCAAAUCGGGCAUCAUCACGAAAUCAACACUACGGUGUUACACGCCCUGUUCAAAUCCGAGCCCGGCCGCACCUGGCCAAUGCUGUCCGGUCUGCGCAGGAUGCCUGGUGAACGGGCAGAAAGUCACGGCGGAUAGAUCGGUGACAACGACGGAAGAUCCCUGUGUAACCUGCAGGUGCAACAACGGACAGCUCACCUGCGCGAAACAAGCGUGCCCGACGCUCAAUUGUCCUGCCUCGAAGAUCGUUCACGUUUCUGGCGAAUGCUGCCCGCACUGUCGAGGUAGCAGAAGAUUUCUACCACCUCCGAAAGGCGCCUGCAUGGUCGGCACCAUGCUGUAUACCUCGGGAAAACAGUUCUACGCGGAUCACUGCACACAUUGCACCUGCACCAAUUCAUCGGUCUCGUGCACGAAGGAGACCUGCCCAGUGCUGGAGUGUCCCAGGGAAUAUCAGACACACGGUCGCUGUUGCCCGCAAUGCCCGAUCAUCGAGGAGAGCAAAACCUCUUGCAUUUACAAUGGAAAAGUUCGCGAGGAUGGCGAAUCAUGGAAGCUUGAUUCCUGCAAGGCGUGCGCCUGCAAACAGGGCAAAGUGCGCUGCGCGAUGCCUAUGUGCCCGGUAAUAAACGAACCUUGCCCGCCGAACACGAAGCUGGAGCGUCCGAAGGAUCAAUGCUGUGCGCGAUGCGUCGAGAGUGACGGGGUCUGCACGGUUUUCGGAGACCCGCACUAUCGCACCUUUGACGGUAAAUUCUACAGCUUCAAGGGACCGUGCAAGUAUCAGUUGGUCAGUGAUUGCGCAGGUCGUACUUUUAGUAUACGCGUGACCAACGACGCCAGAUCGACCAAGUCGUCCGCGUGGACCAAAACUAUCGCCAUCAAGAUCGGCGACUUGAAAGUGAACCUUGGCCAGAAAAUGAGGGUGAAGGUGAACGGGAAGAAGGUGGACGUUCCUUAUGCCGUGGCGAACCGACUAGACAUUAACCGUACAACCGACAGCGUAAUUGUGAACACCCAGAUCGGGAUCAAGGUACUCUGGGACGGUAUCAGCUAUCUCGAAGUGUCGGCACCUUCAUCGUACAGGGGACGCCUAUGCGGUCUCUGCGGUAACUUCAAUUCCAUCACGAAAGACGAUUUUACUACGCGACGAGGCCGACUGCUGCAGGAUCCGCAGCAGUUUGGCCAAUCUUGGGCCGUGGGAGCGAAGAAGAUGUGCGUACGAGCGAGGUCCGGAAACGUCGACAAGGAGAGACGUUGCCGUGGAAGGAAGGAUCAUAGAUUGUGCAAUCGGCUGAGGUCGCAGAUCUUUGACGCUUGCCACAAGAAGGUAAACCCAAUGAUGUACUACAAGGCUUGCCUUCAGGACAUGUGCGAGUGCCCGACCGAGCAUUGCUUCUGCGAAUCCUUCGUAGCAUACGUGCACGAAUGUCAACGGCUCGGUAUCCAGUUGCCGCACUGGCGGAAGGCUACCAAGUGUCGGACUGUUUGGGAGCAACCGACGGGUCCGGCAAACUUUGUUCGCCGCCUACACUAAUCGCGCCGUCUGUUCGUCGCCGCGUUCAGUUCACAAACUUUAUCCUGAGGAACGCGUACGCUGAGAACUCUGCGUGCGUAUCUAGAGAGACGGAAAGAGAGAGAGAGAGAGAGAGAGAGAGAGAGAGAGAGAGAGAGAGCGAGAACGUGUGUAAUUCUCUCCUUUACCCCUCGUCUGCCGUAGUAACAGCGAAUAGUAGAGAUGAGGAGGACGAUGAUGGAGUUGACACUUAAAUAUUCGACUUGUAUUCAAGUUGUACGAAAGGAUAUUCCCGUAUCAAUGCGAAAUCAAUGUUCAUCAGGAUCAAGUCGACUGAGAGAAGGCUCCCGCGGGUCUUCGCGCAAAGAAACACGGAUAACGCAGAGCUCUUCCGCGACGCCUCGUACACACGCGCGCACGCAUACCGCGACGGAUUAAUUCGGAACGUAUUCAUAAAUGCUUAUUUAUUCGUAGAGCAACGUUAACGCGCACGCGGUGCUUAUAAGUCCCCGACGUCUAUAAUGAGAAACAAGAAUCGACUAUUAAUGCGGGUGAAAACGUUUCGUUGUUCGCGCUGCAAAUGCAACACAAAUAAAUGCACAAUCGACCGAACGCGUCGUCGGCAUAAGCAAACGUUGUAUUAUGGCACGCGUAACUGUGACAAUGACCAAGCAUAAAAUAAUCGAUAUUUUCGCUGGAGCCGUCAACUCAUGGUACUUUCUUCUCCUCAACAUUUUACACAAUGUCGUCUUUCUCAAUCUCUCUUUUUCUCUUCGUUUUCUUUUCUUCCCUCUUUCUUUGGGAGCUUUCUCUCUCUUUCUCUCUUUCUGUCUCUCUUUCCUACUUGCGGGAGCACACAGACCGGACGUGGCGGAGUGCUCGGCGAGAAUCUACUAGUCACCACUUCGUAUCAAUAUGCACUAACGGUGAGUUCCUGUGCCCCCGUGUUAGUAACGUUGAGUAGUGACUAGGGAUGCACUCAAGCCAGAGUACAAUCAUUUUUUUUCAUUCCUAUCGAAGGAGAAAACUACACAUUUUACGGCGUGCCGAAGUAAUAACACGAGAGAUCGAUAUGUAACAUUGAUUUCUAUCGUCAAUUGAACCAAAUAAGAAGAUCGAGAAGAGAUCGAUUGCAAAAAUCUUGCCAAUUCCAAAAUCGCGAGUUUUCAAGAAAGAGAAAGAACUUAACGCCUAAUUUGUUUCGUCUGAUCUCAAGUAACUUCUUUAAAAACGUGGCAUAUAUUGUUAACAAUUUGGAAAACAUUGCAAAGGGAGACACAUAUAAUAGAAUAGAGUUUAUAUAAAUACGCGGUUUGAACGAACGGGAAUUAUACCAAAUCGUUUUUUACGCAAAGGUGUGAUCCUUUGCACGUCUGGACGCUUGUAACUGACUUCAGUGAGACUCUGACUCGAGUGUCCCUAGUAGUAACUGUUCGUCGACCGCAAAGCGACAAUUUCGCUCGUUCGCACGAUAGGAAAUCUCACACGGGUCACAGCAGCACGUACGACGCAGCCAUGACGCCCGGAAAACAUGGAUCUCUGACGCGUGUGUACAUGUGUGUGUUUGUCACGAUUGCACGCGAAAUAUCGUAGACGCGAGAGGAAGCAUCUCAUUAGCAUGAGAACGCGAGGAAAACGGGAAACUGAUGGAUGAUCUUGUGACGCAAGAUGCAGCAGACGAUAGUUCUUAUAUUCGCGUUUCAUAUCUAGCGAAUUCAAUUCUUUUUAGCGCGACUUUAAUUUUGAACUUUAAUCGCAAAUCGUUUACGACACAUAAACAUAACAUUGCCGUGAACGGAAUUAAUGUAAAAAUAUUACAUAACGAAAUAUCGAAUAACCGAAUGCUGUCGCGAUUUAGUGAUUUUCAUCGGUAUUAGCGAGAAGUUGAUGUGUUUACUUUUUAAUCAUUGUAAUGCUGCGUUAGGGAUUCUACAUGUACUUCACCGGGGCAUACGGUUACCCAAAUAAUAACAGCAACAAUAAUAAUACUAAUAAUAAUAUUAAUAAUAGAGCCCUGUCGGGCGACGCGGACACACCGAUGAUCAAUCGGUAUGCUCGAAAUCGUGAGAACGACUUUGUAAGUAGCAGAAAGUGGCGAUGCCUUGUAACGUUUCGGAGCACCGUGCAGUAUUUCGGCCGAUGAGCAGGCUCGCGGCAUAGCAUGUACAUCCAAGUGCGUUAACACGAUCGUACCACGUGUGUCGAUCGAUUUUAUACAUAUACGUAUAAAUAUAAAUAAAUAAAUAUAUAUAUAUAUAUAUAUAUAUAUAUAUAUAUAUAUGUAUAUGUAUGUAUAUAUAUAUAGACCCGCGACUCUCCUGUAAUCUGUAAGAUCCGUGCUUUCACCAAACCUACUAUGCACUAUGCAUUCGUAUAUCUACGUAAGCCCGCACAUUUACUCGCGAUUUCUUAAGUCGGCAGAUUUGAAUCUUGACGAGUCGUUAAAUCCGCAGAUGUCAGCAUAUCCGCGGAUUCCUCACGUUUUUUAAAUUGAGACGUCUAGCGAACUUUCCUGAAUUCUAAUUCUCAUAUUAUGCGGACAAAUUCUGAAAUUUGUGGGUCUAUGGUUCUUCUGCAUUCACUUUUGCAUCCGUGCCAUAAAUCGUUCUUUUAUCAGUCUUGCGGAUUCUUGAAUCCGUAGACCGUCCCCUCUCCCUGCUUACACGGAUCUUUGGAUUCACGGGUCUGCGGUUUACUAGACUCUUAUCCUUUCAUAUAGGAUUAAGAGGGGAACGUCUCCCCGUAUAUUCGAAACGCAACGAAUACACACUUUUUUAUAUUAUAUAUAUAUAUAUAUAUAUAUAUAUAUAUAUAUAUAUAUAUAUAUAUAUAUUUACGUAGCACGCGUGCGCAUGAAAAGUAGACGUUUACCAUAGCUGUAGUGAAACGUUUGCAACAAUUUGUAUAUAGGAAGACAUAAUGAUUAUUAAUAUUAAGCAAGCAUUAAUUAAUUAAUAGUUUCUAAUAACGUGCCACGUUCUCAACAGCUCUCCAUUUCGUUUCGUUCUAUCACUUUUACCCUUCUCUAUUUACUUAUCUUGUUUUUAUUUUUAGCGCAAUUUCUCUUGUAUUCCCUCGUUACAAAAACUUUUUCAGAGCUACCAGAGUCGAAAUUUUGAUUCUAACUGUACAUUCUGACCCAAGACAAAAAGAUGAAUGGAGAGAGAGAAGAAUCUCUAAACAUAAUACUAUAUAGAUUAUUAUUCACUCUGGAUAUUACAAGUAGUUACUUAGAAUUUGAAAGUUCAAAAUAGAUGAAAAAGGGAGUUGUACAAGCAAAUAAACUAAUUAUAAUUAUAAUUUGAUAAUGUUGCACGCCACUCUAAUUUAAAUUUGAAUUUGUUAUAAUAACGAAAUUAAAGCUAAAGUAUAAAAAAGCGUUGGGACUGAUGGGAUUUAGACGCUAAAUCUUGACUCGGGUACUUUUGUAAAAAGUUAAGAAGCAACAUUUUUUAAACUCAACGAAGCUAUACGUAUAGUUGUAAUAUAUGGUAAUUAAUAAUUACCGCCUUCCAAAUUUCGACAAGGAAUCAAACUAACUCUGUAUAUCGGAUAGUCCAAAGCGUUAGCCAAUUUUUGUCGAUUAUAGUGUAGAAUUAUAGUGUAGAAAAAUAAAUUACUUAUAUUCGUAAAA